CGGCGGGGAGGGAGAAGCGGCGGAGGCGGGAGCUCAGCGGCGCCCCUGGCGGCGGCCGGCGCAGGUGCAGGUCCCGGAGGAGGCUCCGCCCGCAGCCCAGACCCCCGCGGGGUGGGCGGGACGCGGACCCUGAGACCCGCAGCGCCUGACCGGGGCGGGAGCCCCUCUCCUCCCCCUCGGGCACGUCCCCGGCCGAGCCUUCCCGCCCUCCUCUGGGGCUCCCACCUCCCCUUCACCCGCGGGGGUCCCGAUUUCCGCGUCUCCUGGGCCCCUCCCUGGGCAGGGGGUGCAGCCGGAAUCCAGGGGUGACCUGCUGGAGGACUUGGUGGCCAGGGAAUCACCGUGGGAGGCCGGUCCUGUGACCCCAUAAUGGGUUCUCUGCGCUCCUGGACGGGCCCAUUGGUCGCAUCGGGGCAGGGGAAUCGCAAUAAGGAGAAUGUAAUUCAUGCAGAGUCCGCUGCGGGGGAGACCGGAGUUUUAUUAUUACUCAAAUCCGUCUCCCCAAAAACGUGGGUAUCCGAGUUUUGAAGGAUGAUAUGGUGGGUAGGCGGCCAGUGAGUCAGGAGUGCUGACCGGUCCGGUUGGAGAUGAAGUCUUGGGGAGUCGAAGCUGUCUUCCUAACCCUAACCCAGUUCCUGGGUGGGGGCCACAGGACCAGAUGAGCCAGAUUGUGGAUCUGGGUGGUGCCAGCUGAUCCAUUGAGUACGGGGUCUGUAAAGUAUCUCAAACUCUGAUCCUAGGUUCUACAGUAGUGCUGUGAUCCCCGGGAGCAAUUUAGGGGCUGGCGGGGUCAGAAUCUUACCUCCUCCAGCUGCAUGACUCCUAAAACAUAAUUUCUAAUCUUGCAGCUAAUUUGUUAGUCUUGCAAAGGCAGUCUGGUCCCUAGGCAGGAAGGGGGCUUGUUCAGUCUUGAUCUGUAAACUGUUUCUCUCCAGAUUAGUUUAGGCUAAGCCCAGGGAUGCGCAAGGGCAGCUUGGAGGUUAGGAGCCAGGUGGAGUUGGUUAGGGUCAGAACUCCUUCACUGUCAUCAUAUUCUCAGCUAUGACUUUUGCAAAGGUGGUUUCAGUUCCAUGCCUGCCCCUCAGAAUCCUGUCUCCCUCUUGUGCCCUGCAGUUUCUUCCUCCCUAAACCGUCCAUGGUUUAAAGAAGCUUCCAAAAUACCUUCCACAGGAAAUUCAAGCCCCACCCCACUCCGCAGUGACGUGUGGCCUUUGAUAGGAGGUCACAGAGCCUUGUGGGGAGUUUGUGUAGGCAGCCCUCGAUGUCUCAGAGCAGGCUCUACCCACAUCCACCCCUGGCUUGCCGGGACCCAGCCAUAGUUUGGUCUAAGUGGCCUGGGAUGUGGUUGGGCUGGCGGCGACCUGUUGAGGGGUGGGUGGAGGGUGGGGGGUUGGUGUGCAAUUUGGGGAGGCCCAGGAGUGACUCCAAGCAAGGGCGAGGGCUAGCUCUUUUUUUUUUUAGCUGCAAUGGGUAGGGAGGGGCUGAUGGUUCUGGAGCUCGGUGUUUGAGAUGUUAAGUCCGCUGAUGCUCCUGGCUGAAUAAAGGCCAAAUAAAGCCCUUUCUUUCCUCAACUCGAUGUCUGAAGGUUUUGUCUGUGGCUCGUCCUGGUACAAUUUCUAACGUUACCAGUAAUUUUAAAGCUAGCUUAUUAAAGAUUCUACUUAAGUCACAUGAACGUGAAAAGCAUUUAGGCUUAUUAUUUAAUUUAUGAGUACUCUUUAAGUGUAAGCUAAAUUUGGUAACUUGUGGCCAAAAACACAUAACGAAAUAUGUGUAUGUGCACAUACACACACAUACACACUCAAGCAAAAGUAUGGCUUUUACUUCAGAACUCUAGCUAUGAGAUAGUAAUACAAAUUCAUUGGUUUACACAAACAAUAAAAAGAAAUGGUUGGAUGCAAACAGUGGAUUUUAUCUCUGUAGAAAAGUAACAGCAGACUUAAAGCAGGCAGAAAAGAAAGCAGAAAAAGAACUUAAGAACAUUAUAUUAAUAAUUGCGGGCCCACCUUCGGGCUCUGAUUUUUCCUUUAUGUAAUUUGCAAUUUGUAAUUCAUGAUCCUUGUGCCUGAGGGCUCACUCCUGCUACUUAGUCCACAAUUCCCCGUCCCUGUGAAGGCGCACCCAGGCCUGACAGCCCCAGACUUGGCUUUGCCAGCCCUCCAGGUCUCUCCUGCAUGGCUAGGACCCAACGCCUAGGUCAUCCAGCACUCACCCCAACCAAAGCCAUGGGAAAUGCUGGGACCCGGGAGGUAGAGGGUGGCACAUGUGUGCCCUGUGCGCCGAAGCUCCCCCGUCAGGCCCUGGAAUCCUCCCUGUGUCUCAACACACUCCCCUCUGGGGAGUCACUUCUCCCCAGAGUCCCCGUUCCUGGGCCUGGAGGGCUGCUUUGGGGCAGGAAACUUUGGCCACCAGACCUCUGACCUGCACCAGGAGACACUGGGAGGUUUAGCCCCCAAACCCGCACAGAGCAGGACUGCAACCUGAGGAAAGAGCAAGGAUUUCAGGAGAGAGGCCUGUGACAAGUGAGGUGAGGGCUUUGGCGGGAUUGUCCUGGCGCCUGGAGUGUGAAGACCCCAGUGGGGGCCUGGCAGGGGCCCUGAAACGGGACAGUGAGGUCCUGCACUUGCUGGCCUGGGGUGGACAGAACCCAAGCCUGGGUAAAAUCCCCAGGGCCCCCUAAACCCCACACUUAGGAAGUCACUAGUCCUGACUUCAGUUUCUGAUGAGGAAGCCCCUCCCCUUCACCUUCAGCCUUUCCUCCCACCCUUCCAUAAAGUAAUUUGAUCCUCAAGAAUUUGUACCACACCUCAUUGGUCCCCGGCUAAUUCACCAAUUUACAAACAGCAGGAAGGAAAUAGAAAAGAGAAAUACACACUUCUGAGAAACUGAAACGACAGGGGAAAGGAGGGCUCACUGAGCACCGUCCCAGCAUCCGGACACCACAGCGGCCCUUCGCUCCACGCGGAAAACCACACUUCUCAAACCUUACUCAACACUUUCUUCCCCAAAGCCAGAAGAUGCACAAGGAGGAGCACGAGGUGACUGUGCUGGGGGCACCCCCCAGCACCAUCCUUCCAAGGUCCACUGUGAUCAACAUCCACAGCGAGAUCUCCGUGCCCGACCAUGUCGUCUGGUCCCUGUUCAACACCCUCUUCUUGAACUGGUGCUGUCUGGGCUUCAUAGCAUUCGCCUACUCUGUGAAGUCUAGGGACAGGAAGAUGGUUGGCGAUGUGACCGGGGCCCAGGCGUAUGCCUCCACCGCCAAGUGCCUGAACAUCUGGGCCCUGAUUCUGGGCAUCCUCAUGACCAUUGGAUUCAUCCUGUUACUGGUGUUUGGCUCUGUGACAGUCUACCAUGUUAUGUUACAGAUAGUACAUGAAAAACGGGGUUACUAGUAGCUGCCCAUAGCCUGCAACCCUUGUACUCCACUGUGCAAUGCUGGCCCUGCACGCUGGGGCUGUUGGCCCUGCCCCCUUGGUCCUGCCCCUAGAUACAGCAGUUUAUGCCCACACACCUGUCUACAGUGUCAUUCAAUAAAGUGCACGUGCUUGUGAUGA